CUUUGAGAAAGAUGGGUUGCAAAGGUCUUGUUGGCAUUGGACAGCAGUUGUUCCGUCGGAAAGUCGUGGACUGCACAAGAGAAGACAGCCGUUUCUCGCGAUGCCUCAACACAUUUGACUUGGUUGCUCUCGGUGUGGGCAGCACGCUUGGGGCAGGAGUUUAUGUGCUUGCUGGGGCAGUGGCCCGAGAAAAUGCAGGACCCGCCAUUGUGAUCUCAUUCCUGAUUGCUGCUCUGGCAUCUGUGCUGGCUGGACUUUGCUAUGGCGAAUUUGGUGCUCGGGUUCCAAAGACUGGAUCAGCGUAUCUGUACAGCUAUGUCACUGUGGGUGAGCUGUGGGCAUUCAUCACUGGAUGGAAUCUCAUUCUUUCCUAUGUCAUUGGAACGUCAAGCGUGGCCAGAGCAUGGAGCGCAACAUUUGAUGAACUUAUAGGCAAGCAUCUUGAGACCUUCUUUCAUAAGCACAUGUCUAUGGAUGCUCCUGGAGUGUUAGCAAAAUACCCGGACAUCUUUUCUGUGUUCAUUAUCUUAAUCUUAACAGGACUUUUAACGUUCGGAGUGAAAGAAUCUGCAAUGGUUAACAAAGUGUUCACUUGCAUCAACGUUCUUGUCUUGGGCUUUGUGAUGGUGUCGGGAUUUGUGAAGGGAUCAAUAAAAAAUUGGCAACUCCCAGGUGACACUGUGAAUAAUGCAACAAACGCCUCACAUGGAUACAAUGACACCCAGGAGGAAAUCCCACAUGGUGCCGGUGGGUUCAUGCCCUAUGGUUUCUCUGGAGUUCUGUCAGGGGCAGCUACCUGCUUUUAUGCGUUUGUAGGAUUUGACUGCAUUGCCACCACAGGAGAGGAAGUGAAAAAUCCCCAGAAAGCGAUUCCAAUAGGAAUUGUCGCCUCGCUUCUUAUUUGCUUUGUUGCAUACUUUGGUGUGUCAGCCGCCCUCACUCUUAUGAUGCCUUACUACCUGCUAGAUACAAACAGCCCAUUGCCUAAUGCUUUUAAGUAUGUGAAAUGGGAAGGUGCAAACUAUGCGGUAGCUGUGGGCUCACUCUGUGCUCUUUCUACUAGCCUGCUUGGGUCUAUGUUUCCCAUGCCUCGAGUCAUUUACGCCAUGGCAGAAGAUGGACUCCUGUUCAGAUGUUUGGCUCGUGUCAAUGAGAGGACGAAAACUCCGAUGAUUGCUACCUUAGUAUCAGGAGCUGUGGCAGCUGUCAUGGCCUUUCUUUUUGACCUGAAAGAUCUCGUUGAUCUUAUGUCCAUCGGGACACUCCUGGCUUACUCCUUGGUGGCUGCCUGCGUGUUGGUACUAAGGUACCAACCUGAGCAGCCCAACUUGGCAUACCAGAUGGCCAGCACAACGGAUGAGGCAGACAACAAUGAGUCUGUGAGCACCAGUGAAUCCCAGGUUGGGUUUCUUCCGGAGGAAGAAGAGAAGUGCUCCCUAAAAGCUGUUCUCUUCCCCCAAAACUCUGAUCCUUCCAAACUCUCUGGGUUUAUAGUGAAUGUCUCCUCCUGCAUCAUAGGUUUCCUUAUCGUCACCUUCUGCAGCUUGACUGUCCUUGGCAAAGACACUCUGAUGAAGGGGACCACAUGGGCUAUUAGCCUGCUUGUUAUAGUUUUCCUCCUCUGCUUUGUUGUCACUGUGGUUAUUUGGAGACAACCUGAAAGCAAAACCAAGCUCUCCUUCAAGGUCCCCUUUCUGCCUAUCCUUCCAAUCCUGAGCAUCUUUGUGAAUAUUUAUCUCAUGAUGCAGCUGGACGGUGGCACCUGGAUACGUUUUGCUAUCUGGAUGUCAGUAGGUUUUGUUAUUUAUUUUGCCUACGGCAUGUGGCACAGUGUGGAGGCCUCAUACUCGGCACCGACAGAAGCGGAAAGAAGUACAGACAACAACACUGACACGUGCAAAUGA